AUGAUGCUAGAACUCCAGGAAAGGGUAACUGAGCUGGAAAACUGGAAUGAUGGCAAAGGCCUUAUCAUCUAUGGUGCAGGAAACACCUUUUGCUCAGGAUCUGAUCUGAAUGCUGUCAAGGCAAUAUCCAACUCCCAG